ACGAACAAAAGCCGGCUAAAUUUCAUUUUCUCUCUCGUCCUUGCCGCGAUCAGUUCGUUCGGGAGCGGUUUGCUCCGCCGUGUGUGACAGAUUUUCAACUUUGAUUUUGGUGUGCAGUUUGCUGACAUUUUUGUUUUAAAACGGAACUCCAGCUUGGACACUUUGUUGCAGUGCGAUGAAUUAUUUUGCUAGCUUUUUUAUGGUGACACUUUUAAUUUCCGUAAUCAAGCUGGGGGAGACUGCGUUUCUGAUGCGUCGAGCGAGUUUUCACAUCCUCGUACAGUAGAAAGGAGUGGGCGUCAUCGAAGGACGAAACGCGUUCCAGAGCAAAAAGAAGCUUUCGCGCAGGAGAAGGAAUAAUCCAUCAGAAGGCGAUAAAAAAAAAAGAAGUGAAAUAGGCUGCGGCGGCUGGAGUUGUGUUCGUGCGAGAGUGGCACAAUUUCUGGUCGAGUUCUGCGGAGCUGCUGAUGUAGAGUGCGCAAGGGUGUGCGUGAAUUCUGCCAUUUGCCAUCCAUCAGCCACAUUUUCUCCAUUCUUUUGGCAUGCACCGCACAAAGAAGUAACCGAAAAAACGAGACUUAAUCCGUAGACCUGUUAAGUAGUUUUACCCAAAAAACGUUAAGUGCUCAAGUUUGACUGCUUCGCGAGUGAAUUUGGCUUUGAUAAGUGCCUGCCCAUGGUGACGGAUCGUCGUUGGACAAAGGGUAUCAGCUGAGGGGCUCUAGCCUCGUUUGUAAAAGGAAUACGUUCCGGACGGAUACGGCCACAUUGCUACUGAUCAAAUUUUCGCACCAACGAUUGUUCGAAUCGAUACGAGGUACGACAAUCUAUCCACCGACACGAUAACGCGGCCGGCUAAGUGAUAGAGAGAGAGAAAGAGAGGAACGGAUCCAAACACAUAACUUCUAGCCAGAUUGGCACGGUACCAAAAAUAUUAAUAUCACUACCCACCAAAACCAAUCUCUGCUAUCGUGUACUCCCCAAUCCACAACCAGGAGUUGCAACUGAAACCUAAGGAAUAAACAUCAGCCACCACCACCAGCGCGCCACCCGAUUGCAGCAGUGGUGGCUGGCCUCUGAACUUACCAAAUACAUGUGUGGGGUCACACGGCGGUCACUGCUGUUACCACCACCCCGUGCUGCUGCCAUCAUAGACGUCGAGGAAAAAGUGGAAAAGGUUGAAUCUCUGCUGCCAACAUCGACACUUGUUCGGUUUUUGCGGUAGCGAACAAUUUGGAUCGAAAUCAAAUUCGAAUCUAGGACAAUACUGGAUUGGUCUUAACAACUAUAGACCAAAAAACGAACACCCAACCAGCAGCAGACAUGACAGCGACUCAACCGAAUCGGGAAUUUGUCGAAGGAUGGACACUAGCACAAACUCUCGGAGAAGGUGCUUACGGGGAAGUGAAACUGCUCAUCAACCGCCAGUCGGGUGAGGCCGUCGCUAUGAAGAUGGUCGAUCUGAAGAAACAUCCGGACGCGGAAAGUUCCGUCAAGAAGGAAGUCUGCAUCCAGAAGAUCCUGCAGCAUCCAAACAUACUGAAAUUUUUCGGCAAACGAACGCAGGGCGACAUCGAGUACAUCUUCCUGGAGUAUGCCUCCGGCGGGGAGCUGUUCGAUCGGAUAGAACCAGACGUCGGGAUGCCCAUCCCGGAGGCGCAGCGCUACUUCAACCAACUGCUGGCCGGGGUUGACUACCUGCACACACGAGGAGUGGCCCAUCGGGAUCUGAAACCGGAAAACUUGCUGCUGGAUGAGCACGACAACGUGAAAAUCUCCGAUUUCGGAAUGGCUACUAUGUUUAGAAUGAAAGGUCGCGAACGGCUACUGGAUAAGAAGUGCGGCACGCUGCCCUAUGUAUCACCGGAAGUGCUGGUAAAGCCAUAUCAAGCAACGCCCGCCGACAUCUGGUCCUGUGGGAUCAUCCUAGUCACUAUGCUGGCAGGCGAGCUACCAUGGGAUCAGCCGUCGUCAGGCUGUCAGGAGUAUCUCUGCUGGAAGGAGAACAAAUACACCACGGCGACACCGUGGAGCAAGUUGGACACACUGACGCUGUCGCUUCUGCGGAAGAUCCUAGUGCCGAAUCCGUCCCAGCGAUUAACACUGGAUAAGAUACUGGACCACAAGUGGUGCCAGAUGCAAUUCAACCAUCAGCAAGGCUUGUCGGAUAACAGCGGAAAUGGGCGCGACGCCGUGGACGGCCUCGCAUCACCACGCUCCAAGCGUCUAUGUUCCAAUCAAGAUCUGUCCACACCACUAGACGAUUCUACCUCGCGGAUGUGUCAAUCACAACCAGUUCCUACGAUCGUCCACACGGAAGUUAACGGCGUCGAGGAAGCGAUUGAAGCUCGCAAUGGGUUCUGCUUUUCGCAACCCACCAUGCUGGAUGAUCUGAUUCUGUGCACUCAAUUGAAUCCAACGCAAUCGGUUGGUGCGACCCAGUCGAAUCCGUUCCAGCGGUUGGUUCGCCGUAUGACCCGUUUUUUCGUCUCAACCAAGUGCGAUGAAACGCUUAAACGCCUCUCGUCGACACUGGAAAAACUAGGCUACAGUUGGAAAUCCAACGACGAAGCUGUCAUCACCAUUUCAACGAUCGAUCGUCGAAAGUUGCAGCUGAUUUUCAAAGCCAACAUCGUGGAGAUGGAUGGAAAAAUUCUUUGCGAUUUCAGGUUAUCCAAGGGUUGCGGUCUCGAAUUCAAACGACGCUUUAUCCGGAUCAAGCAGAGCUUGGCCGAUAUUGUUAUGAAGGGCCCGGUGACGUGGCCCAUUGCCAUUGCGACCAAUUCUGUGCCUUAGAAGCGGAAGCUAAUUUACUGCCAAGUAAUUCCCUGUGUUCGGGAGAACUACCUUUCUCAUUAGGAGAGAGCUAUUAGGAAUCUGCCUUCUCUCGCAGGUUAGAUAGGUUUGGGAAAUGGAAUUGUGUUCCUGAAGUGUGCGUAUACGGUUUUCAGUUUAUAAGCAAAUAAUAAUACGAGUGAUGAAUUCAGGAAAUAAUUUUGUUUUUUUUGUUGCAUUGUUUUUUUAUAAAUAGAAAACUUGUUCUGAGACUAGCAAGGUAUUUCCCAACAAAUCUACUGACAGAAAAAAUAAAUGCUUUGUAUAAAAUGUA